AUGGCGGAAGGAACGCAAAUACUGAGACGCAAUCGUCCUGGCUCAAAAGCAAAGGAUUUCUGUCGGUGGCCUGACCAACCUUUUGAAGAAAUGGAUAACACACUAGCGGUUCAACAAUUGAUACAACAAACCAUAAGACGAGAUCCCUCAAAUCUGGAAGCGAUAUUAAAAAUGCCUGAGGCUCAGGAAGAGGGUGUUUGGAAGUAUGAACAUUUGAGACAAUUCUGUAUGGAGUUGAAUGGUUUAACCGUCAGACUGCAAAGCGAGUGUAAGCCUAACACAUGCACACAAAUGACUGCUACUGAGCAAUGGAUAUUUCUUUGUGCUGCUCAUAAAACACCUAAAGAAUGCCCUGCUAUAGAUUACACAAGGCACACACUUGAUGGUGCAGCUUGUUUGUUGAAUAGCAAUAAGUAUUUUCCAAGCAGAGUGAGCAUUAGAGACUCAUCAGUUGGAAAACUAGGUUCAGUUUGCCGCAGGGUAUACAGAAUAUUCUCACAUGCUUAUUUCCAUCAUCGUGCCAUAUUUGAUGCUUUUGAAAAAGAAACACAUCUCUGCAAACGGUUUACAUACUUUGUGACAAAAUAUUCUAUUAUCUCUAAGGAAAUAUUGAUUUUGCCAAAACUUGAUGAUGAAGUACCAAUUAAUCAGCCAGUUGGGGAAUCCGAAGCAUAA